UGACCUCUUGGUGGUUUGCAGGUUGGUGACUGGCCGAAGGGGCUUGUGGAGUAGCGGCAAUGCAGAGCAUCAAGUGCGUGGUGGUGGGUGACGGGGCGGUGGGCAAGACGUGCCUGCUGAUCUGCUACACCACCAACGCCUUCCCCAAGGAGUACAUCCCCACCGUGUUUGACAAUUACAGCGCCCAGAUCACGGUGGACAGUCGGGCGGUCAGCCUCAACCUGUGGGACACGGCCGGACAGGAGGAGUACGACCGCCUGCGGACAUUGUCUUACCCCCAGACCAACGUCUUCAUCAUCUGCUUCUCCAUCCUGUCUCACUCCUGUCGGCCUGUGGUUGUCAUGGUGACCGUCUGGAGUUAG